GUUUUCCAACUCUGGCAUUAUAGAGGCCUAUACUUGAAAGAAGUGGUAAGAGAUUUACAUUCCAAGCUUUGGACAUCACGCCUGGUCAGUUAGUCGUGACGCCCAUCAGAACUGGUCAUCAUGGAUGACAUACCAUACGUCGCGAUACCUGAUGAGUAUGAGGGCUAUAGCCUCAACACAUUUUGCGUUCCAAGGCAUUAUGAACAGGACCUGGAAAGGAUUCUUGUUCCCCAGGGGGUCAUCGCUGAUAGGACAGAAAGGCUUGCCAGGGAUAUCUGGGAUGACAUGGGGGAAGCCUCGUCUCUCGUCGUCCUCUGCGUCUUGAAAGGAGGCUACAAGUUCUGCUCCGACCUUCUCAAUUACGUGCAAGCCCUCAACCAGAACGCUGGACGUUCUGUGCAGCUGCGUGUUGACUUCAUCCGCCUCAAGAGUUAUGAGAAUGACAAGUCAACCGGUCAGAUCCAUGUCGUUGGAGGAGACAACCUUGAAAAUCUUGAGGGGAAGAACAUCCUCAUAGUUGAGGACAUCAUCGACACAGGUCACACCAUGCAGAGGUUACUAAAGGUCGUCGGAGGUCACAAUCCCAAGACAGUGAAAGUGUGCAGUCUAUUAGUGAAGAGGACACCAAGGAGUAUAGGCUAUAGACCUGAUUAUUGCGGAUUUGAGAUACCUGACAAGUUUGUGGUUGGCUAUGCUCUGGAUUAUAAUGAAUAUUUCCGUGAUUUAGGACAUAUCUGCAUAAUCAAUGAAGAAGGAAAGAAGAAAUACGCCAUCUGAGGUGGAGGAAGAUGUGUGCUUGGCGAGAGGCUGGAGACUCGUGACAUCAUUAUAUGUUUAUUCUACUGUGUAGAAAUCUAGGGCGUUUCACAAAAGAGAUUGACUGAAAUUGCACUUCACUUUCUGUUUGUGUGUAAUUGCAUUGGUUUCUUGUGUACAUAGGUACCUGUGUGUUCAUGUGGACACAUGGGUACUUAUAUACCUUUGUUAUUUGGGUUAAUCAUUUACACAUUCAUUUGUACAUGUUUAUUUUAUAUUAAAAUAUAUGCUUCUGUAAAUUUUCAGUAAAAGAUACAUAAAAAGGUUAUAAAGGAGACAGCAAGAAAAGCAAAAGACUAUAAAAAGCUGCUAACUGGCUGCACUUGUUUAUUCUAAUGUACAUAAGUUCUUAUGUAUAAUGGGUUUUUACAUAAGUUAUGCACAUGGGUACUGGUGUUUAUGGGUAGUUAUGCAUUAGGUUCUUAUUUAUAAUAGGGUUUCAUUUUCAUGCAUUGGAUACUACUCAUGCCUAUAACUUAAGGACCAACCUAGGAUGUCCCUAUACGGAAAAAAUGUCUCCAUCUCAAACUUUGGUCCUUAGAGGAAAUAUAAUUUUUCUCAAGGCAUAAGGAAACUUACUUUGUCCCGGAGAUGACUCUGUCAAAGCUGUCGACAGCAGCAAGUAGCAUGGACCGUCCACCAUUUGUUGAAGUGCAAUUUCAGUCAGUCAAAAGGGGCUUUCGCAAGAAAAUAUUUGCAAUCAAUUGCAAAUUCAUGCUGCAAAUUUAUGAUUGAUUGAUUGAUCAAUCUUAGCUUUAGCAAAUCGGACUAAAUACAGGUUUGUUAUGGGAACCAGAUCAGGGCCCCGUCUUACAAAGUGUUACGAUCAACCGUAAGUCUAUAGAAAUCCAUCAGUGUCAUAAUUUUUUCUUCAUAAAAUUUUCAAAAUGUCCUUUGUAAACAAAGGUGAACCCACCAAACUGUCAAGAAAACAAUGAAAUUAUGUAAUUUACGUCAUAUCUGGAAAACACUUUGAACAUUCAUGCAUUUCAGAUGUUGACAUCGCCAGCCGUCCAUAAUUGUGAUUGAUCGGAUCGAUCGCAACUCUUUGUAAAACGAGCCCCUGGAAUCUGUUGGAAAUUUGCAGUUACUAGGAAGAUAUAUGAUUGAUUUUGGAUCCCAAAUCAAUUUGCAAUGGAUUGUAAAGUUUCUUGCAAUGCCCCAAUUGUUGUUGUGAAACACCUUUCUAAAAAUGUAACCCCAUGUACAGCCCACCCAGGACCCACCCUUGGCUGCCAUCUUUAAUCAUGAUUUCUGAACUUGUCUCGAGUGGCCAUCGUGUAAUUCUAAGUUCAGUGUUGUACCUUUCGAUGUUGGUGUUUGACCAAUAACUUGUCUUUAAUAACCAUUUGGGUAAUUCCAAGUUCAGUGUUGACCUUUUGGUGUUGGUGUUGGACUUAUUGCUACAUGGGCAUAGCACCAAACUUGGACAAAUUUGGCUUGUCGUUGAAUAAUGGAUAAUGUGUUAUGUAUCAUUCUUGAACACUGGCAAAAUAGGUAUUACUAUUAGGGAAAGCAAUAUUGUUCUUCUAACACCGACACCUCACUUGAAAUCAUUCAAUGUAGUUAAGAUCUCCACUUGAUGCCAUAUAUUAACAGGUUUAGCAAAUGUGAUCUGUAG